CCUCUCACAGCGCCGCUCCUUCCUGUGCUGUGUGGGUGCUGCAGCCGCGGGACGAGAAGAGAAGGGAGCCGGCCAGCGGAGCUCGCCGGCGGCGCACGCAGUUUCUGGUACUUCUCCCUCUCUGCUCAGUUUAUCAGUUCAAUGGGGCAAGGGGAGAAAGACUCAGCUGAAGUUGCUGCAUCUGGUGAUCGAAACAACGAGGUCGAAGCCGAAGAUCGCGUGAAGGAAAGGUGCUUUGAGCAGAGAGAAGCUCUUCCAGGGGAGCCUCGCUGCGUUAUAUGCGGUCGAUACGGCGAGUAUAUAUGUGAUCAGACUGAUGAUGAUGUCUGCAGCGUCCAAUGCAAGACUGCUCUUCUUGAUAGAAUUGCCGCUACAGCAAAGACGCCAGCAAAACCACCAGUGCGUGUAAAUGUUCCUUUUGGUGACGAAAGCUUCUGUGUCAGAGACAAUAACUGUCCUGAUGUCCCGAGUUUGCAUGCUAGCCAGAUUGCUUCGCUAAGAAAUAAACUUGACAUUUGCGUCAAGGGUGAGGCUGUUCCUGAUCCAAUCAUGUGUUUCUCUUCAUGUGGUCUUCCUGAGAAGCUUGUGCACAAUCUCGAAGCUGCAGGAUAUGUUAUGCCUACUCCGGUGCAGAUGCAAGUCAUCCCUGCAUCAUUAAGCAAUAGAAGCUUACUUGUCUCUGCAGAGACUGGUUCUGGGAAAACAGCUUCUUUCCUAGUUCCUAUAAUUGCACAUUGUUCACGAGGGCGGCUGCAGCAGUGUACAAGCAAGCGGGGGCCCUUAGCUAUAGUCCUUGCUCCAACAAGAGAGCUAUGCAUACAGGUGGAAGAUCAAGCGAAGGUGCUUGGAAAGGGUUUAACUUUUAAAACUGCUCUAGUUGUUGGUGGAGAUCCGUUAGCUCAGCAAAUAUAUAGAAUUGAAAACGGUGUCGAGUUAAUUGUUGGCACCCCAGGGAGACUAAUUGAUCUUCUCAUGAAACACAAUGUUGACCUUACCGAUGUUUCUGCAUUUGUUUUGGAUGAAGUGGACUGCUUGCUAGAGAGGGGAUUCAGAGAUCAGGUCAUGCAGAUCUUUCAGGCACUGUCACGUCCACAGGUUAUGAUGUUUUCAGCAACAUUACAUUCAGAAAUUGAGGAGCUGUCGAACUCACUCUCUAACAACAUGAUGCAUAUUACUUGUGGGAACCCAAGUAGACCAAACAAAUCAGUUAAGCAAGUGGUCAUCUGGGUGGAGUCUAAGCAGAAGAAGCAGAAGAUUUUUGAGAUAAUGAGAAGCAAGCAGCACUUUAAACCUCCUGCCAUUGUGUUUGUGAGUUCCAGAGUUGGUGCUGAUCUCUUGUCUGAAGCAAUUACUGCUGCCACUGGGUUGGAGGCUAUUUCUAUUCAUGGUGAGAAGACAAUGAAAGAGAGAAGAGAAAGAUUGAGAAGGUUUCUCACAGGAGAAGUAUCUGUCGUUGUUUGUACUGGGGUCUUGGGACGUGGAAUGGAUCUCCUGAAAGUACGCCAAGUGAUUUUGUUUGACAUGCCAAAUUCCAUUGAUGAAUAUGUUCACCAAGUUGGAAGAGCGUCUCGAAUGGGUGAGGAGGGCAUGGCUAUUGUCUUGGUGAAUGAUGAGGAUAGGAAACUCUUCAAAGAACUUGCUCAGGUUCUGAAGACUGCAGGAGCUCCAAUUCCCCGGGAACUCUCUAAUUCAAAAUUCAUCAACAAUUUUUCUCUUGGCACUAACAGGAAGAGAAAAUUGACUUAACAGAGAAGUGGCCAAUAUUCUUAAUAUGACACUUCUGUAUGCACUACCAACUAUAUAUGGCUUUGUUGUUCAGUAGUCAAGUUGAAGUUUUUAGGAAAACCAUCUGCGCAUCCAUCUUCCUGUGGAUAUGCCAGAUAUCAGAAUAUGCAACUUCUGAAAUGUAUAGGACCUUCCUAAGCCAGAGUAGUCAACCAGUCUAAGUUGAUUCCUCAGGGCAUGUGCCUGGAAUCAAUUCAUGCUGAAAAUGUAAAGAAGUUAUCAUAUGUUUCCGUCCAAAUAUAAGUCAAACAUGCACAGUGCAGUACUGCAGUCGACUUAACAAUGGUACGAUUUAUAUUUUUAAAUUUUCAACUUUACAUUA